UUGUUGAAACUAUUGUUCUCCAAAAGGCUAAAAACAGAAUCAAAAUUGAAGCCCUAAUUGCACAUUUCCUAGCAACAAAUGGAGAACGCGAGAUUGUAGUAGAAGAAGAAGAAGGAGAAGAAGAUGAUGUAUGGGUGGGGAGAUGACGAGGAGGAUAGCUUGGGCGGUACCGGAAUCGGGCCGAUGAUGGCGGUGAUGUCGGCCUCGGCGCAGGGACAAUGGGGCCCGGCGGAGACGAAGGAGCUCAUCUUGAUCCGCGCCGAGAUGGAGAGGGACUCUUCUUCGUCGUCGUCGACGACGGUUUCCAAGCGGAGCAAGGUUCUCUGGGACGCCGUCAGCUCCAAGAUGGCGGAGAGAGGCUUCGCCAGAACUCCCGAUCAGUGCAAGUGCAAGUGGAAGAACCUCCUCAAUCGCUACAAGGGAAAGGAAACAUCCGAUCCGGAAAAUGGACGACAAUGUCCAUUCUUUGAUGAACUGCACGCACUAUUUACUGAAAGAUCGAAGAACAUGCAGAGAUUGCUUCUAGAAUCUGAAAUGGGUUCUCCCCGAUCGAGGAAAAAGACAAAGAAAUCAAGUGCAGGCCAAUCCUCAGACGAAUUCUCAGAAAAUGAAGAGGACAAAGACAACACUGAUGAGGAGAAACCUGCUAGGAGUAAUCAUCGGAAAAGGAAGGCCGAGAAAACUGCUCUGGACAAGUCUUCGAAAGCAGCCAACACUGGAAGUACUAACAGCGGGACUGAUGUCCAAGAAAUGGUUAAGGAAUUUUUUCAACAGCAGCUGAGGAUGGAGAAGCAGUGGAUGGAAAUCAUGGAACGGCGUGCCUACGAGCAGCAGUUGUUUGAGCAGCAAUGGCGACAGUCCAUGGAGAAGCUCGAGAGGGAAAGAUUAAUGAUUGAGCAGGCUUGGAGAGAGAGGGAAGAACAAAGGAGGAUUAGAGAGGAGAGCCGAGCUGAGAGGACGGACGCCCUCCUAACCACCCUCUUAAACAAUUUCAUUCACGAAUCAUGAUCACAAUCUCUGAAGAGGAAUGGUUCAGAGGUGGCUCCAAGUGAUCUCUUUUGCUAUUUGUGUUCUUGACUGUUUACAGUUUACAAGCGUAACAGGGAAAGUCUUAUGCGAAAUUAAUAUAUAUAUAUAUAUAUAUAGAUAUAUAUAUCUUUGCCCCCUCGGCAUGCAAACGGGGUUCCUUAUGAUUUUAGUUCCAUAGCGUCUCAGAUGGUUUUACUGUGUGGGUUUUAAAGCUGAACACUGUAUCUUGAUUUAUUUUUUUAAUUUUUUUUUAGUUGCAUAGUGGCAAAAUGAGCCGAACGUGAAAAGAACUGCAUAUUUUGACCUUUUUUUAAUAUUUUAUUUGGCCGCCCUUUAUAUUCAAGGUGGAGUCAUGUGUGUAUUUACAGCUGACCUAUUUAUACAGACACAUUUGACA